AGAUAGAUAGAUAGAUGUGGCGUUAGUAACUACAAAUUUCAAGGCAUCCGUGGAGUCUGCUGACAUCUUGUGGAUAAUCGUAGGUAUUACAAUCUCAACCGUGUUCGAAUAACCUACUCUGUCAUUACAGGGUUUAGUAGAUUUUAUUUCGGUCAUUCUUAGUUUGAGGCUUUACGAGAAUACAUAAACAGAAAACAUAUUCUAACUUUCUAUUCCGAACCUUUGUAGUCAUGUCUAAACUGAUUCCAUGUUACUUACAGAGAGCGUCUCAUUUUUGUCUUCUGUCAUUGAUAUCAGUCUUGACGCGCUUACGUCAGGUGUGCGCCACAUCUUCAGGGCUCAAGGGAGACGGAAGUUCAGCAAAGGAGCACCGACAUUUCCUCGUUUCUUCGGGCUGUGUGUGAGAUCUCUGUUAUGCUUUCCUGGAAAUUGGAGUGAACAGUUUUACCUGAGGGGUUCAUGUGGGGACAAAAAGUAAAGUUACGCUUCAACGAUCAAAUAACACCGUCUUACCUGUCAUACUCUAAAUCCUAGUUAAGGGAACUACAGAAAAGGCUUCAUCGUCAUGGCUCCACAUCCUGUAAUACAGGCACUCAUUGACUUUUCAGCAGGAGCAGCAGGUGGUACAGCCUGCGUGCUAAGCGGUCAGCCAUUUGACACCGUCAAGGUGAAGAUGCAGACGUUUCCCAGCAUGUACCGUGGCUUCAUCCACUGCUUCAUUUCAACUUUCAAACAGGUGGGACUCGGUGGUCUCUACAAAGGCGCCACACCAGCCCUCCUGGCCAACAUCAGUGAGAAUGCGGUUCUCUUUUUGAGUUAUGGCCUGUGCCAGGACGCUGUCCGUCUUUUGUUAAGGAUGGAUAAAGGAGCAGAGCUCAGUGAUGUCCAAAAAGCUUCUGCAGGGUCUUUAGCUUCCAUCUUCUCCUCCAUGGCCAUUUGCCCCACAGAGCUGGUGAAAUGUCGCCUACAGGCCAUGCAUGAAAUGGAGGAGACCGGAAAGAUUGCGAAAGGACAGCGAAGCACCGUCUGGUCUGUGGUUAAGACUGUGCUGAGGACAAAUGGUCCUUUGGGUUUCUACCAGGGACUCACCUCAACCAUUGUCAGGGAGAUACCUGGUUACUUCUGCUUCUUUGGUGCCUACGAAGUAUGCCGGACUACAUUUGCACACCAUAUGGGGACAGACAAAGAUAGUAUAGGCAUUCUUCCACUUAUGUUCAGUGGUGGAUUUGGAGGGGCUUGUCUUUGGCUAGUGGUCUAUCCAAUAGACUGUGUGAAGUCUAGGAUCCAAGUCUACUCUCUAGGUGGGAGGCAAGAGGGUUUCAUGAAGACCUUCACGGGUAUUAUACGCACUGAGGGUUUCACUGCUCUGUACUCUGGUUUGACUCCUACCAUGAUCCGGACCUUCCCUGCCAACGGAGCGCUCUUCCUAGCUUAUGAGUUCAGCCGUAAAUUUAUGAUGGACACAGUGGGUGCCUCAAGAGUGCUGCUGCAGCUCCAAGCGCCAGACUCUUCCCCAAUGAUCUCAACAACAUCCAGCACAGUGGAAAUGGUUACUCCACGCAAACUUCAUAUCAGUGAAGAAAAUGUUGAAGAUAAAAAUGCAGGGAGGUUGGGAUGUUUUGGUUGGCUGCUGGUAAUUAUAUCCCUCCUAUUUGUAGCGCUAACCUUCCCAAUCACUUUGUUUCUGUGUGUCAAGAUAGUAAAGGAAUAUGAGCGAGCGGUCAUUUUCAGACUUGGGCGAAUCGCCGAUCGGAAACCUAAAGGACCAGGACUGUUUUUUGUUUUGCCCUGCACUGAUAACUUUGUGAAAGUUGAUCUAAGGACUGUGUCUUUUGAUAUCCCUCCACAAGAGAUCCUGACCAAAGACUCGGUCACUGUAUCCGUGGAUGGAGUUGUCUACUUCCGCAUUCACUGUCCCAUCUCAGCUGUGGCCAACGUGUCCAACGCACACUCAUCCACACGGCUGCUUGCUCAAACCACUCUGAGAAAUGUUCUUGGCACCAAAAACCUUUCAGAACUUCUGUCUGACAGAGAAGGAAUUUCAGUGAGCAUGCAGGAGGCCCUGGAUGAAGCCACCGACCCAUGGGGGAUCAAGGUGGAGCGCGUGGAGAUCAAGGAUGUGAAGCUGCCUCAGCAGCUGCAGAGAGCCAUGGCUGCAGAGGCGGAGGCCAGUCGGGAGGCCAGGGCUAAAAUCAUUGCUGCAGAAGGUGAGAUGAACGCUUCCCGGGCUCUGAAAGAAGCAGCUCUAGUCAUCGGUGAAGCUCCGUCUGCUCUUCAGCUGCGAUACCUGCAGACUCUCAAUGCCAUCGCCGCAGAGAAGAACUCCACCAUCAUCUUCCCUCUGCCCAUAGACAUGAUGCAGGGUUUCAUGCAGAAAAAGUGAUGAACCCUGUAGUCUGCACAAUUAUUUUCAUCCCAAAGUAAGUUUGCAUGUUUCGAAUAGGGAGGAAAAAGAGCUACUCGCUAAUGCAAAUACAAACCAAACAUUGUUUUUGUGUACUUAUUAUGCUUAUUGUGAUUUAAUAAUUAAAUACAAAGUGCAACAUA